AUGCCUGUCCCGCUCUUCCCCAGCCUGCUCCCCAAGGCUGUGAAGAGGCGAGUCUACGCCCUGAAGAGGCUACAGGUGCAAUGUGCCCACAUAGAGGCAAAGUUCUAUGAGGAAGUCCACGAGCUGGAGAGGAAGUACGCUGGCCUCUACCAGCCCCUCUUCGACAAGGUACAGUCACACCUCACUACUACAGUUGUUACCUCUGUGGCCUCCUCUUCUUGUCUCCUUUCCUCUCCUGUGCACUGAGCUAUAAACACAGGAUUAGUGAAAGCAAAUGACAGACACAUUCUUGGAUUUUCUUAACAAUUUGUGCAGACUAAGGACAGGAAACCACUUGAGAUAAUGACGCCCCACAGGAAGGGAUAGAGGUCGACUACUUUCAACAGUGACUCACUACUCAAAAUGUAAAAAAGGGGUGUGCUGCUUUGGCAUCAAGUAUGAAGACAGGUGCUAAUCGGAGAACAGGUUAUAACUUAUAGUGACCAAAUGAAGUUGCAGCUUCCAUUUACAUACACUACCAGUCAAAAGUUUUUUUCACUAUUUUUUUUACAUUGGCUCAAACGCAUUAAGAAGGAAAUAAAUUCUACAAAUUAACUUUUAAGAAGGCACACCUGUUAAUUGAAAUGCAUUCCAGGUGACUACCUCAUGGAUCUGGUUGAGAGAAUGCAAAGAGUGUGCAAAGCUGUCAUCAAGGCAAAGGGUGUCAAUUUAUUCAUUGUCUUUUGUUUGGAGCGCUCCUGUCAAUGUUGCGUAAGGACGCGCACCUGAUUACGCAUAGAAAUAGGCCUAGGCUACCUGACCUGUGCGCAAAUGUAUACAUGUGCCCAUUUGGGGAUGUCUGAUAGUAUUUGUCUUAACUCGGCGUUCCUAAUGAGCUGUGGAGCUUCUCAAAGAAAACAUUUCUUCCCUUCAAACGCAAGUAAUCCGUUUUUUAAGUCUAUUGAGAAUGACAAUAGUUCCUCAAUGUAUUUGAAAAAUCUUUCCCGCUCUCUCCCUUUUGAUAACCACCGAGCCUCGGCGUGAAAGGGGAAAAAUUUUAUUCUCUGAUCCAGUGGAAACGUCAUAAAAUAUCUGGUUAAUUCUUAUCCGUUAUCUGUCCGGAGCUCACUAGCAUGGAAACUGAGGGCCUAGUUGAUACAAUGUUUCAAGUUCAUUGCAGACAUUCGGAGUAGAGAGAUGAAUGUGAUUUUUUUUUUUAGUUCUUUAUUUUUAUCAGGAUAUUGCAAUGUUUUUAUUUGUUGACUUUAUGUAGGCUAUUUUUAUCUAGUUGCCAGUAUAAGUUACUUGCAUUGGUAUAUAGGCCUCUCUCUGCAUUCUGCUCUAAGUUAUUUAGCUGCUAAUGGCACGCGGUUUAGGCCAUCAUACAAUAUGACAAGAUAAACAAUGUGCUCGCCUCCACCUUAUAUAAACUUAAAUUGGGUGCUGGAUCCUCGUGUGUGUAUAUAAUCCAAAAAAACAGAUAGGACAGCACUCGGGUAAAUAAACUUAAAUUGACAUUUUUAUUGCCGGAUGAAGGUUUCAAGUAUGAGCCCUUCGGCGUGCAAGGCAAUGGCAAUUCAUGUCACAACAACAAUACCACACAGUGAAGAGGCGACUCCGGGAUGCUGACCUUCUAGGCAGAGUUGCAAAGAAAAAGCCAUAUCUCAGACUGCCCUUCUUAAUCUUUUCUAUUUAUUGGCCAGUCUGAGAUAUGGAUUUUUCUUUGCAACUCUGUCUAGAAGGUCAGCAUCCCGGAGUCGCCUUUUCACUGUUGAUGUUGAGACUGGUGUUUUGCUGGUACUAUUUAAUGAAGCUGCCAGUUGAGGACCUGUGAGGCGUCUGUUUCUCAAACUAGACACUCUAAUGUAUUUGUCCUCUUGCUCAGUUGUGCACCAGGGCCUCCCACUCUUUCUAUUCUGGUUAGAGACAGUUUGCGCUGUUUUGUGAAGGGAGUAGUAUACAGCGUUGUACAAGAUCUUCAGUUUCUUGGCAAUUUCUCGCAUGGAAUAGCCUUCAUUUCUCAGAACAAGAAUAGACUGACGAGUUUCAGAAGAAAGUUAUUUGUUUCUGGCCAUUUUGAGCCUGUAAUCGAACCCACAAUUGCUGAUGCUCCAGAUACUCAACUAGUUUCAAGAAGGCCAGUUGUAUUGCUUCUUUAAUCAGCACAACAGUUUUCAGCUGUGCUAACAUAAUUGCAAAAUGGUUUUCUAAUGAUCAAUUAGCCUUUUAAAAUGUUAAACUUGGAUUAGCAAACACAACGUGCCAUUGGAACACAGGACUGAUGGUUGCUGAUAAUGGGCCUCUGUACGCAUAUGUAGAUAUUCCAUAAAAAAUCAGCCGUUUCCAGCUACAAUAGCCAUUUACAACAUUAACAAUGUCUACACUGUAUUUCUGAUCAAUUUGAUGUUAUUUUAAUGGGUAAAAAAAUUGCCUUUCUUUGAAAACAAGGACAUUUCUAAGUGACCCCAAACUUUUGAACGGUAGUGUGUAUAUAUACUGAGAUCAUGUGACACUUAGAUUGCACACAGCUGGACUUUAUUUAACUAAUUAUGUGACUUCUGAAGGUAAUUGGUUGCACCAGAUCUUAUUUAGGGGCUUCAUAGCAAAGGGGGUGAAUACAUAUGCACGCACCACUUUUCCGUAAUUUUUUUCAUUUCACUUCACCAAUUUUGACUAUUUUGUGUAUGUCCAUUACAUGAAAUCCAAAUAAAAUCCAUUUAAAUUACAGGUUGUAAUGCAACAAAAUAGGAAAGACGUCAAGGGGGAUGAAUACUUUUGCAAGGCACUGUAUGCUUAUGUUUCUUGCCAGUCACCCAGUGUUGUUUUUGUGUGCGUGUAUGUGUGCGUUCUGCCCAAAGAGACGAGACGUGGUGACAGCCACAGUGGAACCCACAGACGAGGACUGUAAGUGGCACAGCGACAGAGAGGAGGAGGAAGAGCUAGCGGUAAGUAGAACUGAUUAGCUCAAAUUUAUCAUGCCUCUCAAACGCCUUGUAGUCAGUCACAGCUCAGUUCAGAUUGAACCUUGAAACUCUGCUUCCUCACUAGUCCCAUUUCAAUGUAUACAUGGUGCUAUAAUUGCUUGGUCACCUUACCAAAUAUUCAUUUUGGUUGAGUGUUACCUGUGUUUGAUCUAGUCUAAAUCAUUUCUAAACAUUUUAAAAUAAAUUACAGAAGAUAUGAGAAGUAAAUCGGAUAAAGUUUAUUAGUUAUGUUGCUAGUCUAAAGCAGUACUAUUUGCCAGUCUAAAGCAGUACAUACAAAUGUUUGUGUGUGUGUGAGAUCUGUCUUGUAGCAUGUGGAGGGGCAUGGCCACCAAGCAUGCAGGUGACCAUAGUCUGCUCAUUAAGAAGGGACACUCCAUUGCUAAUUGGGGAAAAGUUUCUGCUCUAGUCCAGCUCUUUAAAAGUAUUUUAUAUGUUUCUGUAUCGUACAGGUUAUAGUAUCUAAACUGUUAUUGUAGAGUUGUUUACUUUGCUAAGUGUUUAUUGGCUUAGUUUGACAGUGCAUUCAAUUACAAAUGUUUCCUGUCACCUGUUCUCUGCUUGGUUAUAAAUGCUCAGGUGUAGAGCUUUAUGGGAGAGAAGAUGGCCACCUGUCUUUGCAGGGGUUAGUUUGGGUUGUUCGGAGCCCUGGGGCUAGUCAGACUGAUCUUCAAUCUUUAUAUUAGUUUUUUUAAUCCGUUUAUUAUUUACUUUGAGCCUGGUCCAGCAUCUUGUUGGAUGAUUUGUAUAUUUUGUAAAUACCUGCACCUACUCCAAGAGCCUUAAAAUAAAAAACUUGCACUGGAUAUUCUGCUUCCUGCCUCUGCUUGCUCACCAACACCAGCCAGACAGCUCGACCAUCCAGGGCAAGUAAUGGGCCUACCAUCCACCCCUAAAAUUUGCUGCACUUGAACAAAAUGAUGCACAUCCAGUAUAGCUCUCCAGGACCACUGUUGGUAACUGACAACUGCAUAGGAAAUGCACAGAUGGGGAAUACAUGAGAAAUCAAAGUGUAGUAACCCAGUGUAGUAACAAUUGUCUGCCUGUAGGAGGAGCUGAAGACUAAGGCUGCUGUUGAGGAGAAGAAAGAGGAUGCCGCCCCAGAGGAAGACCCCAAAGGCGUACCCGAGUUCUGGCUCACCAUCUUCAAGAGCGUGGACAUGCUUAGUGACAUGCUGCAGGUAGACACAGUCUUACUUACAUGUGGGGCCUAGUCAGUGUGUGAUUUCUCUCCUAACGGGCGCACACACAUAGCAGAGUGGUGAGUGAUAUGCUGCAUUUGAGUGAUAUGCUACAAUGUAAACACAUUGGAGUGGAGUACUGCAUUGAAACUGUUUCUAUCCCAUCAGGAACACGAUGAGCCCAUCCUGAAGCACCUGCAGGAUAUCCAAGUCAAGUUCUCUGAGCCUGGACAACCUAUGGUAGGUAUUACAAUCCAACUGAGUCUGAGAUAUCAUUUUUUUCCCCUGGAUCAUUGAAUCCUUCAUCUGUGUCUGGACAUAGAAAAUUGAAAUCGAUAAUUGAGUUCCUGGUCUUCUGACUUGUUUUUUCAGAUCACAUCCCUUUAUUCAUUGAAUGAAUUCAUCCAUGUUUUUAUUUUGUACAAGAAACUGAUCAAAUAGCUGAUCAAAUAACUCUCACUGUCUGUACGUGGAACACAAUGGUGGUUGGGAAGUUGUUUGCUGGGUAAUUAAGUCAUUUGGUCCUUCUAUUGUUCCCCCUUGACAGAGUUUCACACUAGAGUUCCACUUUGAGCCCAAUGGUUUCUUCAACAAUGCUGUGCUCACUAAAGUCUACAAGAUGAAGUCGGAGCCUGACGCCACCGACCCCUUCUCAUUUGAGGGCCCAGAAAUUAUCGACUGUGAAGGGUGAGGGUCAACGACAUUAGGAGAUUAUCACGAUACUCCAUCUCAAUACUCAUCGCAAGGAAAUAAAACAUGAAACAAACAUUUCCUCAGGAAAGCAGUCCUAAAGUGGUAAACAAAUAGUCAUGUUUCCACCGAGAGUCAAAUGUCUUUAUAUUCCAAGCUAUAGAACAUAUUUUACAUGAAACAGGUUCUUAAAGGUAGUGAACGGCAAUACCGGGUCAAUUUCCGCAACAACUAAUUGAAGCGCGAGGUUUAACUUCUCCCGCAGCUAUCAAGUUGUAGCUAUUUAAGGGCACCUGUGCACAUGCGCAUCUACUCUGUGAAUGCAUUGUAACGCAUCGCUCAUCUGUUACAUCUCAUAUCGCUGAGUCUCUGUUUAAAAGACCAUAGUGUUUUGUGUAAAUUUUUUUGCCAUGGAAAAUGGUGUAUCAUGGUAUUGUGACAAUAAUAAACCAUAACCCUCUAAGGGACGGUUUCCCGGACACAGAUUAACCCAUAACAGUCCUGUCUAAGCCAGGGGAGAGGGGGGUUCUACUAAGCUAUAUGGAAUUGUCCUGCUUAAACUGACAGGUUUUUAUGUUUUUUUUAAUUAUUAUGCUAAUGUGAUAUCCGCGGGGGUGCGGACAUUGACUCUAGGGGUUUAAGCUCAGUCCUGGACUGAAAAGCUAUUUCAAUGGAGAUGCACCAUUGACCAUGCUUUUUAUUCCAGGACUAUGCAGAAACCGGCCCUCAAAGUUUUACUCGUCAUGUCAGUCUGCACAUAAAAUUGAAUUGUAUAAUUUCUCUCUUCUUUCUCUCCCUGCCCUCCCCUCUAGUUGUCAGAUAGACUGGCACAAGGGGAAGGAUGUGACGGUGAAGACCAUUAAGAAGAAGCAGAAGCACAAAGGCCGUGGCACCGUCCGCACAGUCACCAAGCAGGUCCCCAACGACUCCUUCUUCAAC